AUGUUAAACAUCAAUCCUGGUCAAGUGCCUGUCCUGGAAGCCUAUAACUUGGAGGAUAAAGAACUUCGAAAAAGAGCGAAGAUUCUCGAGAAAUGCAAACAAGCCUUGUGGAAACGGUGGACUCGUGAGUACGUGCGAAGCCUUCGUGAACGUCACGUGAACCAGGGAGGUCGACAAGCGUCAGUGCCAAGAAAGGGGUCAGCCGUGAUCAUUCAGGAUGAUAACAGGAACCGGAAAACGUGGAAACUCGGGAUCGUUUUAGAUAUGAUUAAGGGAAAAGACGGCGUCGUACGGGGAGCUAAAGUCAAAACAGUGAACGGAGUACUGGAAAGAGCAAUCCAACAACUAUACCCUCUUGAGUUAACCUGCGACGAUAACCACUUCCAGAAACCUGACCCCCAGGCCCCCGCCUUUGUUCCACGAGAGAAAAGAGAUUCAGCUGCUGCGGCAAGCUUACGAAUCGAGCAACAAGCAAAGGAAGACAAAAUCUUCUAA